AUGUUUCAAUCACUUAUAGACUACAAGCAAAAAGUUGUAUUUCGCCGUCAACGACGCCGAAAGCAACGUGAAAUCACUAAAUAUAUUAUUGAUUAUCAUCUUUCAAGUGAAGAAUCAACCAAUGAUGAUAUACCCGAUUGUAAUAUGUCAAGCAACAAUGACAAUUCGACUCCAUUGGAUACUACAACGUGUUUACCUUCUUUGCAGAAUGACCAUUACAAUGAAGCAACAUCUCGAAUUGAUUAUACAAUAGACGAUGAUGAAAUAUUAAAAGAUGAUUUAUUCGACUGUCAUAGCGACUUAUCAACGCCUUUAUAUGACAGCGCACAUAUAACCGUGAAGAAGGCCACUUCUCAAUUAAUGAAUUUUGUUAUAGAAUCAAACCUAGACAAAUCAACAACAACAAAAUUAUUCAGAUUAAUAAAAAGUCUAUUACCUGUAUCCAACACAUUACCAAGUACUUAUAAUCAAAUCAUGAAGGUUUUGGGACAAGUGUCACUCUUCCAGGCAAAAUAUUAUUGUAAUGGAUGCCAUCAACUAUGGGCAUGGAAAGGACAAGGUGUAUAUCCAUAUGACCAAAAUAAUGGUUCUCGUCGAGUUCAUGAAGAAGUAGUUUCAUCAGGCAGAGAAGCUGAACAAAGACUGAUGCCUAUCGAUGGAAUAAAAGGUGUAUCGCCAAUGCUGCAGAUUCUAACUUAUCCAGAUCAAAUUAUUUACGAUUAUAUGCAUCUGGUAUGCUUAGGCCACAUGGUUACAUUAAUUAAACGAUGGUUGCCUCUUUUAGAACGAAGUAGCUUGGCUGAAAUAAAUACUCUACUCGAAUCGAUUCGCCUUCCUCAUAACGUUCAUGCCAAAUUUAAUUAUUCUAUUAGUGACGUAUCUGAAUGGCAUGCAAAACACUUCAGAUUAUUUGUAUUAAACAUUGGAUUGCCUUGCAUUGUUCCUCAUCUACCUAAAUUUAUUUCAUCACAUUUUGCAAUUUACUGUUUAGCUAUCAAAUUUUUGCAUUGUCCGGAAUCACUUGAUGAAAUCAAUAUCGCAGAUUCAUUCAUCGAUUAUUACUGUCGUGCAGCUCCAUUAGUUUUUGACCAAUCAAUUGAACUUUUAUCAUUGCAUGCACAUUUACAUUUAGCUGAACAAGUGAAAAGACAUGGUGGACUUGGAUUUUCCUCAGCCUUCUGCUUUGAAUCUUGCAUUCGGCAUUUGAAAAAAUUGGUACACGGUACUAAAAAUCUAGUAUCACAAGUGGCAUACUGUUGUGAUCUUCGUUCAGCUGUACAUCGUCCAGAAUUUCGUCUGCAAAAGUCGACAGGUAAGAAUAACAUUUUGAUGACUAGUCCUGGUCAGCGAGAUCGACAUUAA